AUUUUGUUAUUUUUUUUUUUUUUAUUUCUUUGCGCAUGAAUUUCUGGAGCCAUCGAAAGGAACCAAUAAAUUCAAAUGAACAUAUGUAGCACGAAACUGUGCGAAGUAGUGUGGGAUGUAACCUUAAUCCGUCAUCACUGCAUUUUUCGUACUGACAGCAUAGACAUCAAUGUUUAUAAGAAAUAAUAGUACAUUAGUUGAGUGAGAAGUGAUGUACAAAAUGAUUAAUUGAGCGUGGGCAUUUCAGUUCAAAAUACUCAGAGUAAUAGCUUCAGUAAUUGUACAAAUUAGGAUAAGAAAGAGAUGAUAGUGUACGUUAGAUUUUGACGUUUUAACAUUGGGAUCGAAAUGGCAAUGUCACAGUUUCUGGAGUUAAAAUUCAUCUGCAGUAAUCUGAUGAACAAUCCAAGUAAAGAUCAGGUACAUAAACUUGUGGGAAUAACAAAUAACAUUCCAGAUGAAAUCGUACAAAAGUUGUCAAAUAAUUGGUUAUUUCCUAUUAUCCAUCUUCUGCGAAGCAAGGAUGUGAGUAUAGAUAUUAAAGAAGAGUUGGUGAAAGCUUUGAGAGUUGUAUUAAAAAAAAUUAGAAUUAACAACUUAAAGCUUUUUCAUGAGAUCUAUGGAACUCUCUUGAUCCAGAUUUUUGACAAGCAACAACCAAAUCGUGUAAUUAUGUUUCAUGAGGAACUUAAGGAAGCAGUAACUCUGUGUAUUAAAGACAUGAUUCACCAAUGCUUUUCCGAUGUCCUGGAGUUGCUUUAUACCAAAGAAAAUAUACACAAAUUAGGUGAAGGAAUAUUAUUAUGCCUAAUAAUUGCAAGAACUGAAAAGUCAUCUGUCGUAAGAUUAGCAGCGAUAGAUGCAACAAUGGCUCUGUGCCAUAUAGACGAUGAAAUAGAUGAAUCUGAUAUCGUGAUGCAAAAUCAGGUAGCUGAUAUCAUUAUGGCAUUUUUACCUGGUGUCGUUGGUGGAUUACAGGAAAUUGCAAUGCAAAGUGAGGUCCAGAAUCAUCGAGUUACAAUGAUGGCUAUUCGAGCAUGGGGAAGAAUCAUAUCUCUCAUAAUGCACGAUAAAGAGGAAGAGGACACUGCGUUAUCCAUAGAAGCAGUUAUGAAAAAGAGUUGCAGCAUAUCCACUGGCACAGCACAGCCUGUUACAUGUAAGACGAAGUGCGACAUAAAACAUAAUCUGGAAGGAGCUACUAGAUGUAAGGAAUGGUUCGAAGCUGCAGCUAUUAGACUUGGCGAUUGUAUACAACUCUUAGACAAAAUCAGAAGCCACUCCCAUCACAAAAUCAGAGAGGAACUGGUCGAAAGCAUCAAUCUUAUACUUCAAAAUUGUCCCAGAAAUAUGAGACCGAACGUCAUGGCGUUAAUGGAUUAUCUAAUAUGCUUGUCGGAGGACGAGUGUACAGAAGUUGCUGAGAGAGCACACAAUGUGCUGCGUACUAUAAGUGAAAACUAUAUGGAGAAUUAUAAUAUGAGAUCUCUGAUUGACUCGUUGGAGGAUAAAUUUUAUGAUUUACUUACAAAAUUUCCCACAAUCGUUAGACGGUCAGACGACAACGAGCAGUUAGCAUUCUUAAAUCAGUUUACUGGUUAUUUAAGGCUGCUUGGAAACCGACGGUUGCCGCAUAUUAUGAGAUCGCAGGCUCACAUACAAAGGCUGCUGUUAGCGCUUGUACAUAUUAUGUUGAUAGAUUGCAGCGACGUGUCUGUUUUGCAGACGGUAAAUGUAAAAGAUUUAGACGAUCCCGCGUAUUUCUACGGAUCAAACUCGUGGAGGCAGUUCAAGUUUAUUAAGGAUAACUCGUGUAAAGAAAAACUUGUUGUAAUAUGCAAACUGCUUGGAGAACUUGGGGACGUUGGAAUAUUAGUCGAUACUAUUUUUGAACUUAUGUCAGAUAUGCGGCAAUACAGAAAAGAACUGAGUUUGCUGCUUAACUGGAUUUUAGCCUCCGUUCGAAAUCCGUCAGUUUCACAUUUAUACAAGAAUAUUGUGGACUUCUAUACAACAGAGGAGCUAUGGUAUUUGCCCAUAGAAGUGACUGAAGAUACUUCCUUGGUACAAGCACAGAGUAAUGUAGUACAAUGUUGCCUCUUAACAGAAGGAUUAGCACAUAUAGCAGAAAAUUUACAACACGAUUACGACAGAUAUCUCCUGAAAACUUUGUACCUGAUCAUUGAAAGGGCCGGUAGUGGAAACGCUUUAAUCAGCUACAUUGGAAUGCGUACUCUCGAACGUAUCGCGGAGGUGCAGCAGCAUAAAACAAUUGGCGAUCUGCUACGAGCGAAUGUAGAUUACUUUUCUUAUCACGUGAUAAUAAAAUUACGCAAGCUGGACCGUAAUCCUGGCGUACUCGAUGUUGUCGAAGUUGUUAUGAAAUAUAGCAAGUUAGAAUUUUUGCCACAUUUAAAGGGAAUUGUGGAAGAUGUACUUAGGCAAUUGAGUACUUCUCAUUAUAAAAAGAACACAUAUUCAUUCCUAAAGGUCUUUUAUAAAUUUAUUGUGUGUAUAAAGAUGUUAAUCGAAUCGCAAGAUACGGAAGUAGCAAAGAAAGAAGAUACGCGAGCGAACAGCAGUCCCUCGGAAACGAUUAUUCUUUCUUUAUUAGAAUAUUACAACGCGAAAAAAAUUAAUGAAAAAAUUGAGGCCGAAGAAAUAAAUAUUGAAGGAAUAGAAUCGGAUGCAGAUGCAUCGAACAUUGAUCCAUUGGAAGAAACAAAUGAGGAUUGUCCCGAUUCCAAUGUAGAAGACAAGAAAGACGAAAACUUGCCAGCCCAUAUAAAAAUAAUCAUCACAGUUAUGAUACGCUGCUUAAACUUUCUGCCUUCCAAGAAUGUACAGGAAUCUUUAAUGGCGAUGCAAACACUGCAAGAAGGUUUACCAAUAUUAAUCAAGUGGGAAAAUGAAUUAUUGCCUAUCGUGCAUAAAGUAUGGCAUCCACUGAUGGAUAGAUUUGAAGAUGAAAAUGUUCUUGUAAUUAAUCGUGCAUGGCAACUGUUGCACGUACUCGCCGACAUAUCGAAUGACUUUAUCAAAAGCAGAACUCUACGUCAAGUACUGCCAUCGAUAUUUAAAUUCCUGGCUGAAUCUUCUAAGGAAAGUAUCCAUAAAGGUGCUACGAACAUCUACAAAUUUACGCAAAUUUAUAAGUUGCAAUACGAGUUGUUGUCCACCUUGGGGGUAAUUGCACAGUUAUUGAAACUCCGGGAGCAAGAAUUAUGGCAAAUACUGACUAACACGCAAAUGUAUCUUAGCGCGCGUCAAAACACUGCAUUGCAAGCGUGCUGUGUAAAAUUGUAUAAGGAUAUUGCUGAUUAUAAUGGAGAUAUCGCGUGGGUGAAAUGUCUUAGUAUCUGGAAUUCAAAAAUUAAACGAAUAGCGACAGAUGCAACGUUUGAUAUGAAGGAUUUGGAUACAGAUAUUAUUUUAUCAAAGGAGUAUUAUAAGAAUGUGAAUGAAGUCAUUCAGUAUAUUCAGGAAAAGAAUAGCCAAUAUGUUAAAUAAAAAACCUAUAAACCUAUAAA